GACGUGUAAGCACCGUACGGUUACCAGCGAGUGUGGAUAAGCGAUAUUAGUAAAUUACAUAAAAUCGUUGUUUGAAAUUGUCGACGAAGUAAUCGUUACGGUUGAAUUUUUUUAAAUCGUCUAAUUUUAAAACGGGGAUAAAAAGAAGAGCAUCCUUUCCUCGGUUAUAUUUCAUUGGAGGUGGUGGGUAAUACGGCGUCUACGACGCAAGUCAGUUGACCCACCGACGCCGAGUGAAACGGACGCAGGUCGAAAUACGCUCCGUGAUAAAAUAAUUCCUUAGAGUAAUGUGAAUAACCAAUAACAAUAGAGAUUGAUAAAAAUUGUCGAAACAAUCGCUGUGUUUAUUACCAUAGUUUUUAUUGAUCGAAUUUGACCGGCCAGUUUCCUAGCGUAGUGUCGGGGGCCGCUUUCUCAGUAGUGAGGUAAAUAUUGUAGUUUUCGGUAUGGCUGCUCCAGCAGCUUGUACGCGUUUCAGUGAUAACUAUGACCUUAAGGAGGAACUGGGAAAGGGAGCUUUUUCCGUGGUCCGACGAUGCGUCCAGAAAAGUUCAGGUCUCGAAUUCGCGGCGAAGAUCAUCAACACCAAAAAGCUUUCGGCCAGAGAUUUUCAAAAACUUGAACGAGAAGCCCGGAUAUGCAGAAAACUACAGCAUCCAAAUAUCGUAAGAUUACACGACAGUAUACAAGAAGAAAACUUUCACUACUUGGUCUUUGACUUAGUAACCGGCGGCGAACUCUUCGAAGAUAUAGUUGCACGAGAGUUCUACAGCGAAGCUGACGCGUCGCACUGUAUUCAACAGAUUUUGGAAAGCGUUCAUCACUGUCAUCACAACGGCGUUGUUCACAGAGAUCUCAAGCCAGAAAAUUUAUUACUAGCCAGUAAAGCAAAAGGAGCUGCAGUAAAGCUCGCGGAUUUCGGUCUCGCCAUAGAAGUGCAGGGAGAACAACAGGCAUGGUUCGGAUUCGCCGGAACGCCUGGAUAUCUCAGCCCGGAAGUGCUGAAAAAGGAGCCCUACGGGAAACCGGUAGACAUAUGGGCGUGUGGAGUGAUAUUGUACAUCCUCCUGGUCGGUUAUCCUCCCUUCUGGGACGAGGACCAGCAUCGGUUAUACGCACAGAUCAAAGCGGGCGCAUACGACUACCCAAGCCCGGAAUGGGACACCGUAACAACCGAAGCAAAGAAUUUGAUCAACCAGAUGCUAACGGUUAACCCAAGCAAACGGAUCACAGCCAGCGAAGCUCUGAAGCACCCAUGGAUCUGCCAACGAGAACGCGUAGCAUCGGUCGUACACAGGCAAGAGACCGUCGACUGCUUGAAGAAGUUCAACGCGAGGCGCAAGUUGAAGGGCGCCAUACUUACAACGAUGUUGGCCACAAGGAACUUUUCCAGUAAGUAUGAUACGCAGGGUCGAAACACCAUCACGAAAAAGGGAGAUGGCUCUCAGGUGAAAGAAUCCACUGACAGCAGCACCACCAUCGAGGACGAUGACGUCAAAGAGGAUAAGAAAGGAGGCGUCGACCGGAGCAUCACGGUCAUAGCAAAAGAGCCCGAAGGCUUGGCCUCGCAAGGCACGCCGCCCAGCAGCCCAGCCGCGGCCUCGGUUUUCUCGAGGGUGAUGGUGGGCCAAACCCCGUCCCAAAAGCAACCCCAAUCCGCCGGAAGCACGCUAGGAAUCGCCGCAGUCCUGCUCCAGGGUGCCCAAGCUGGCAGUGGGAGUGGCAGUGGCUCCAGCCACAGUAGCAGCAGCAACAGCCAGAACAGCCAAACCGGGGGAUCCCCGUCGUCGACGAUCCACCUCAACGCCUGCAGGAUCACGCCUCGUCGUCAUGACUCGAACACUGAGAUAAGAAUCGUCUGUCCUAUCAAGACCUGCAGUCAGCUAUCUACGAAUUCGCAGUGCUCAGCUCGUCGUCAGGAAAUAAUCAAGAUGACUGAACAGUUGAUCGAAAGCAUAAACACCGGCGACUUUGAGGCCUACACGAAGAUCUGCGACCCGCAUUUGACGGCGUUCGAACCCGAGGCUUUAGGUAAUUUGGUCGAGGGAAUGGACUUUCACAAAUUUUACUUUGACAACGUUUUGGCGAAGAACUGCAAGGCGGUAAAUACAACAAUACUGAAUCCCCACGUGCAUCUUUUGGGCGAGGAUGCGGCCUGCAUCGCUUACGUCAGACUUACGCAGUACAUGGACAAGCAAGGAGUGGCCCACACUCAUCAAAGCGAGGAAAGCCGGGUCUGGCACAAGCGGGACAACAAGUGGCAGAACGUGCAUUUUCACCGAAGCGCCGUGACGGGGUCUCCGCAAUUUUCAUUCAACCAGAAAUAAACGGUUGCGAGCGCCGAGGAUCCUGGAUCCGCGACGGUGCAGGAAAUUACCUGAGGAAACGAAUCGACAAAAAUAUUAAACGAGGAAUAACACACAGAUCAGGCGAGAAGGAAAAUGAGGGGAAAAAUAGGCGGGAAGUG